UCAGCGAAGAAGAAAAGGAAGCUACACGUGUUUACUUCUCCCAGGCAGAUAUAUUGUUAAUAAUUGUGUAAAAUUUGGAUUUCUGCAUCUUUAACUGGAAGAAAACAGUAAAAAUGCCGAAGGUCAGAGCGGAAAAGAAAAGCAGGCAGCACCAAGAGGUCAAAAACCAAGGGAUCAUGUUCAACACUGGCAUUGGCCAGCACAUCCUGAAGAAUCCAUUGAUUGUUAACGGGAUCAUUGACAAGGCUGCGCUGAGGCCAACAGAUGUGGUUCUGGAGGUGGGACCUGGUACUGGUAACAUGACAGUGAAACUUCUGGAAAAAGCCAAGAAGGUGGUGGCCUGUGAGCUGGACUGCAGAUUGGUGGCAGAACUUCAGAAAAGAGUACAGUGCACACCCAUGCAGACCAAACUUCAAAUAUUAGUUGGAGAUGUACUAAAAACAGAUCUGCCUUUCUUUGAUGUCUGUGUGGCUAAUUUACCGUACCAGAUUUCGUCACCGUUUGUCUUCAAGCUCCUGCUGCAUCGACCUUUCUUCAGGUGUGCAGUGUUGAUGUUCCAGAGAGAGUUUGCCAUGCGACUUGUUGCCACACCAGGAGACAAACUGUACUGCAGACUGUCUAUCAACACACAACUACUGGCCCGUGUCGACCACCUCAUGAAGGUGGGGAAGAAUAAUUUCCGUCCUCCUCCAAAAGUGGAGUCAAGUGUUGUCCGGAUAGAACCGAAAAAUCCUCCUCCUCCAGUUAACUUCCAGGAGUGGGAUGGCCUCGUCAGAAUAGCCUUUGUAAGGAAAAACAAAACUCUCAAUGCAGCUUUCAAGUCCACUGCCGUAGAACAGCUGCUGGAAAAGAACUACAGAAUUCACUGCUCUGUACACAGUGUGGAAGUCCCAGCAGACUUCAGCAUCACCAAGAAGAUUGAGAGCGUUUUGCAGGAGUCUGAAUUCAGUGAGAAAAGAGCCAGGUCCAUGGACAUUGAUGACUUCAUGGUGCUGCUUCAUGCAUUCAACUCUGCAGGGAUCCACUUUUCUUAAAUGGCAGAGAUAACUCAAGCGAACACUGCUAUGACUGUUAUGUCCCGCCUUAAAGCCGAGAGGAGAAAAGUUAGCAUUCAGAUGAGUGAGAAGAAAUAGAUUGUCUGACUGAUCUUCUCAAGCUUUGUUUGGAGGAUCUGAAUUUCAAAUGUUGAAAUAGUUGGAUGGACAAAUAAUAUGUGGAUAAGGAUACAUUUAAAGUGCUCAUAUUGAGUGUGCUAUUUUACCUUAAUGAGUAUAUAUAAAGUGUCCCUGAGCAUGCAUGCAGCUUUCUGCAGAUGAAAGCUGUGUAAACCCUCUUGGUUGUGCGACGGUCUGUCGGUGUGAGUUUGUCACUCAUUAAAAAUAUUCUGCAGUGGACGAUUAUAUUAUUACUAAUCUCAAAGACAUCUACAAUUUUUAUGUCAAAAUUACCUCUUGAUGGAAAUGGUCAAUGUUUAAAUAAAUUGAGAUUGUUCACAAGUUUUCUUU